ACAAACCGCUGGUCUAGUCUAUAAAGUCAGUAAUUUUCAUCAACUUGCAUCAUUUUGUGAGGCAGAAAUUUGGCAAACAACUGUUUGAAAUGGCCCUUCAACGUACUCUUCGACGUAUGGUAUCUCCGGCAAAUAAUAUGCUUCUUUUCUGUCGUGCUCAAAGUACAGGAAGUGCCGCGAUCGCGAAAGAAGCAAGCAGGGAGAAGAAAAAAGAAAACUUCGUUCGAUUUAACUGGCAAGAUCCUCUCAGCUUGGAGAGUUGUCUGACCAAUGAAGAAAUCAUGGUCAGGGAUCAGUUUAGAGAUUACUGCCAAGAAAAGCUCAUGUCUAGGGUUUUGAUGGCAAACAGACAUGAAGUCUUUGAUCAGGAGAUUAUGACUGAGAUGGGAUCUCUUGGAGUUCUUGGUUGCACAAUUCAAGGUUAUGGAUGUGCAGGUGUCUCAUCAGUAGCUUAUGGACUUAUCGCAAGAGAAUGUGAAAGGGUGGACAGCAGUUAUCGGUCAGCUAUGAGUGUCCAGUCAUCUUUAGUGAUGCACCCAAUCAAUACUUUUGGAAGUGAGGAACAGAAAGAGAAAUAUCUGCCAAAGCUUGCACAAGGCAAGCUGAUUGGCUGCUUUGGGUUGACUGAACCCAAUCAUGGCAGUGACCCAGGUGGAAUGGAAACAAGAGCCAAGCACAAUCCAGCUGGAAACAGUUUUAUUCUAAAUGGAAAUAAGAGCUGGAUCACAAACUCCCCAAUAGCUGAUGUGUUUAUUGUUUGGGCAAACUGUGAAGACAAAAGGAUUAGAGGUUUUAUCUUGGAGAAGGGAAUGAAGGGACUCUCUGCUCCUAAGAUUGAAGGGAAAUUUUCUUUGAGGGCUUCAACUACAGGCCAAAUUGUCAUGGAGGAUGUUGAGGUUCCAGAGGAAAACCUUCUGCCAAAUAUUGAUGGACUGGAGGGACCCUUCAGUUGCCUAAAUAAUGCUAGGUAUGGCAUUGCUUGGGGAGCUCUUGGUGCUGCAGAGUUUUGUCUUGCUACUGCCAGACAGUACACCUUAGACAGGAUCCAGUUUAAGAGACCACUAGCAGCCAAUCAACUAAUGCAGAAGAAAAUGGCUGACAUGGCAACUGAGAUUGGCAUUGGUCUUCAAAGUUGUCUCCAUGUUGGACGACUCAAAGAUGAGGGAAGAUACUGUCCAGAAAUGAUAUCUAUGAUCAAACGCAAUUCUUGUGGAAAAGCACUGGACAUCGCACGAAUGGCUAGAGAUAUGCUUGGAGGAAACGGAAUCUCAGAUGAGUAUCACGUGAUUCGUCAUGUGAUGAACUUGGAAGCAGUCAACACUUAUGAAGGAACUCAUGACAUCCACGCACUCAUUCUUGGAAGAGCGAUCACUGGACUGCAGGCUUUCACCGGCCGAUAAACAUAACAAUGAUGAUGAACAGUUUUUACAUGGAACAUUCAGCAAAGCACAGUACCAAUACCUGUAACUUAUCUUCUUCACGAAUUAACAAUCUCAGUUGUUUAACUGUGUUUCAGUCCUGUCGACUUCAUGGCUAGAGGGUUCUUGCCGUUCGUGCGAGUUCGGAAGAUUUCCACGUGGUACAGUCGGAACAGUCUCGGAAACAAGUGCCGUUUUCGGUAAAUCUUCGCCCUGGUGAAUUUACGAUUGGUUUAUAUAAACCAUUUAGAAAGUGGCAGAUGGUUUUCCGAGAGUUCUUACGUUUACGGCAGCUUGUUUUGUCAAUACGGUGGACAUCUUACAAUUUCUCCGUGCUUUUGCUGUGUAUGAUUAUUAACAUUCAGACAAUCGCUAAGACUUCUCCGGCAGAAAAAAAAGCCGAUUGUGUUAAAGUUUGCUCGAAAAAGAUGAUUUCAAAAGAACUUCUCCUCAGUGUCUUUUACGCGAUUCUCUAAGUUAUAAAUUAACAAUAAGUCAUUGUCUUCUGUUUGACUUAUUUUCUUAUCGAAGUAAAAGUUUAUUUGGUGUUUAUUAUAUUUCUACGCGUUCAGGUUUCUACGUAUUCCACAUCAAAGUUUUCGUCUUAUAAAGGGACCGAAAAAAAGAAUGUAACUUAUAUAAUGAUUAUGGUAUAGGAACUUACCGAGUUGUUUGUGGUAGACGAGAGCACAAAGUGUAUUACGAAACUUUCAGAAAACUGAAAAGAAAAAUGUGAAAAUGAACUGAAAGUUGGUAAAUAAAGACAAGGUCUGAGUGGUUAC